AUGAUAUCUUUAAAAUCAAAUUAUAUAAUUUCUAUAAUUUUUUUCAUUUUACAAAUAUUGAGAGUGUUUGGCGAUAGUGAUUUCAGCUUAUAUUCAGUCACAUCCAACCCAGUUGGUUCAUAUGUAACAAUAGUUAUUCCAUUUUAUAAUCAGGUUAUAGCAAACACUUCAUUAAAUUUAGAUGGUUUAAACAUUCAAAGCUUUUUAACAGUUGAUCAAGGUGUAAAUGUGAUAUUAUUACUUUGUCAAGAUUCAAAAAAUUCAAAUUAUUUAGUUAUUGCAGAUGUUAAAACUGGUGAAAUUAAAAAGAGUAAAGGAAUUCAAAAUGAUGGUUUUAAUAUUAAAAAUAAUAAUAAUUAUAUUUAUUCAAAUGUCACAGAUGAUAUUUAUUUACCAACAUUUUCAAAUGGUGAAUUAACAAUUUUACAUUGGAAUUUCAAUGAACAAUCGGAUUACGCCAAUCAAUUAACAGUUAAUGGUAUUUCCGAUAUUGACCCAACUUAUCAACCAAAAGGUGUAAUAACAUCAAAUAAUGGUUUAUAUAUAUUUUAUAAAUCAAUCGAUAAUAAUAAUAAUAAUAAUAAUAAUAAUAGUACAAGUAAACUCGUAUUAUUUAAUUUAAAUAAUACUGAUAGUAGUUCAUUAUCAUCAUCUUCAUUACAACCAGUACUACCAACAAUCGAAAUUUACACAUAUAAUGGUUUUGAAGCAGACAAUGUUGAAAUGAUAUAUAUAGAUAAUGAAGAUAAUAAUAUCGUUUAUGCAGUAUAUAAUACAAAUGGAACUACACGUUCAUGUACUCUCCUUUUCAGUGAACAAAACUCAAUUUGCCAAGAUGCAUAUUUUGACUAUAAUUUAAAUCCAAAUAAUUAUAACUAUAAUCCAUAUUUUAUCACAAGUGAUUUAUCAUCAUUUGUCUCAUUACAAUCAACUUCACCAACUCAACUAGUAUUUGGAGUUUGGUCAUUAGAUUUUGGAGCUGAUACAACAACCCUAAUCUAUAAUUUAUGGCAAUCAACAAACCCAUCAAAUAUCACCUAUUUUAAAAAUUAA